UCAUCCUCGUGUCCCACAGACGCUGACCCCAGCUCCAGCAGGCUCCUGGGUUCCUCGCUGUUGGAGGAGCCUCAGCAGACACUGAAGUGGCAGGCCCACCUGGAGUUCACCCACAACCACGACGUGGGGGACCUCACCUGGGACAAGAUCGCAGUCUCCCUGCCCCGCUCGGAGAAGCUGCGCUCCCUGGUGCUGGCUGGCAUCCCCCACAGCAUGAGGCCACAGCUGUGGAUGCGGCUCUCAGGGGCCCUGCAGAAGCAGCACAGCUCCGAGCUGUCAUACCGUGAGAUGGUGAAGAACAGCUCCAACGACGAGACCAUUGCUGCCAAGCAGAUAGAGAAGGACCUGCUCCGCACCAUGCCCGGCAACGCCUGCUUUGCCAACGUGAGCAGCAUCGGGGUGCCACGCCUGCGCAGGAUCCUCCGGGCCCUGGCCUGGCUCUACCCCGAGAUCGGCUACUGCCAGGGCACCGGCAUGGUGGCCGCCUGUCUCCUGCUGUUCCUGGAGGAGGAGGAUGCUUUCUGGAUGAUGUGUGCCAUCGUUGAGGACCUGCUGCCUGCCUCCUACUUCAGCACGACCCUACUAGGCGUCCAGACAGACCAGCGCGUCCUGCGCCACCUCAUCGUCCAGUACCUGCCUCGGCUAGACAAGCUGCUCCAGGAACACGACAUUGAGCUGUCCUUGAUCACGCUGCACUGGUUCCUCACGGCCUUCGCCAGCGUGGUGCCCCUCAGGCUACUGCUGCGCAUCUGGGACCUGUUCUUCUAUGAGGGCUCCCUGGUGCUGUUCCAGACCACGCUAGGCAUGCUGCGCCUCAAGGAGGAGGAGCUGAUUCAGUCAGAGAACUCGGCCUCCAUCUUCAACACACUGUCGGACAUCCCAUCGCAGAUCGAAGAUGCAGAGCUGCUGCUGGGGGUGGCCAUGCAGCUGGCUGGCUCCCUCACGGACAUGGCUGUGGAGACCCAGCGCCGCAAGCACCUGGCCUACCUCAUUGCAGACCAGGGCCAGCUCCUGGGGACCAGCACCACCACCAACCUCUCGCAGGUGGUUCGACGCAGAGCCCAGCGCAGGAAGUCGGGUAUCACCUCCCUGCUCUUUGGGGAGGAUGACCUGGAGGCACUCAAGGCCAAGAACAUCAAGCAGACGGAGCUGGUGGCCGACCUGCGGGAAGCAGUCCUGCGCGUGGCACGCCAUUUCCAGUGUACAGACCCCAAAAACUGUAGUGUGGAGCUGACCCCAGACUAUAGCAUGGAGAGCCACCAGCGGGACCAUGAGAACUACGUGGCAUGUUCGCGCAGCCACCGGCGCCGCGCCAAGGCCCUGCUGGACUUUGAGCGGCACGACGACGAUGAACUGGGCUUCCGCAAGAACGACAUCAUCACAAUCAUUUCCCAGAAGGACGAACACUGCUGGGUCGGGGAGCUCAACGGCCUGCGAGGCUGGUUUCCAGCCAAGUUUGUGGAAGUCCUGGAUGAGCGGAGCAAAGAGUACUCCAUUGCGGGGGACGACUCUGUGACCGAAGGCAUCACGGACCUCGUACGGGGGACCCUCUGCCCGGCCCUCAAGGCUUUGUUUGAACACGGGCUGAAGAAGCCGUCCCUGCUGGGUGGUGCCUGCCACCCCUGGCUGUUUAUCGAGGAGGCAGCGGGCCGGGAGGUCGAGAGAGACUUCAACUCGGUGUACUCCCGCCUGGUGCUCUGUAAGACAUACCGGUUGGACGAAGACGGCAAAGUCCUGACCCCAGAGGAGCUGCUUUAUCGGGCCGUGCAGUCAGUGAACAUGACCCAUGAUGCAGUGCAUGCCCAGAUGGAUGUGAAGCUCCGCUCCCUCGUCUGCGUGGGGCUCAAGUGA